GAGAAAGAGAGAGCAAAGUCAGAAUCCAAAAGACAGGGAGAAAAAGUAUUCAAAGGAAAACAUUCCAAAAUGGAUGGGACGAAGCCAGUCAUGGAGUCUACCACAGAGGAAAACCAAGAGGAGAGGGAAGAAAGCAAAGGUUGCUUCGAAUGCUGCAUCAAGUGUCUGGGCGGCGUGCCCUACGCCUCGCUGGUGGCCACCAUCCUCUGUUUCUCGGGCGUGGCUCUGUUCUGCGGGUGUGGUCACGUGGCGCUGACCGGCACACUGACCAUGCUGGAGAAUCACUUCUCUCAGAUCACCACUGACCACGCCACCCUCACCAUUGUGAUCCAGACCAUGCAGUACGUCAUCUACGGCAUCGCCUCCUUCUUCUUUGUUUAUGGGAUCAUCCUGCUGGCUGAGGGCUUCUACACCACCAGCGCCGUCAAGAAGGAGCUGCAGAGCCAGUUCAAGACCACCGUAUGUGGCCGCUGCAUCACAGCUACGUUUGUGUUCCUUACGUAUAUCCUGGGCCUGGCCUUCCUGGGGAUCUUUGGCUUCUCAGCCAUUCCCGUCUUCCUCUUCUACAACAUGUGGACUACCUGUGCUGCCAUGAAGUCCCCCAUGGCCAACAUCACCGAUCCCGACUCCAUCUGUGUGGACGUCAGGCAGUACGGUAUUAUUCCAUGGAAUGCGACACCCGGCAAAGCCUGCGGAUCUACACUAGGAGACAUCUGUAGCACCAGCGAGUUCUACCUGUCUUUCCACCUGUACAUUGUUGCGUGUGCUGGGGCAGGCACCACCCUCAUUGCAUUGAUCCACUAUCUGAUGAUCCUGUCGGCAAACUGGGCCUACCUGAGGAGCUCCUGCAACCAGAACGAGUACCAGGACAUCAAGACAAAGGACGACGACGUGGAGGAAGGUGGCUCCAAGGAGGGUCUCAACUCCUCUUACUCAUAAGAACCGGCCAACCACCCCUUCACACACUUCCUCACACCUAACCUCCAACCCCCCUCUGGGUAAAACCAACACCUGGGUCUCCUUCACUAUGGGCGGUGUUCUGACUUGAGAUAUGUUCACUCAACUCAAAUUUUCACACGUUUGCUACGUUUACACAGGGAGCACAAUUCUGUUAUUUUUUCCCACUAAUUGGUCCUAUGACCAAUCAUAUCUUUUCACAUCAACUCUUUUUCGGAGCUUAUCUGAUUGGUCAAAAGACCAAUUAGUGAACAAAAUAUCAGAAUUGGACUGCCUGUGUAAAUGAAAUGCAGCCCAUGUCUUCCAUUAACAUCAAUGGACAAUUUAAGCUAAGGUCUGAGUUGAGCACACUUUUCUCAAAUCUGAAUCAUGUCCUUUGUCCAAACAGGAGCAAACGUUUUCAAACGGAACAGGUAUAUGAGAAGUUCCUAUUGGAUGAGCUCAGGUUAGGUGGUACCUCUUCCUGUUUGCUCUCGAUUGGACCGUUACUGAGAGCAACCCUGCUGCCAUAGCCUAACUGCUCUGAGCCAAUCACAGCACAGCACUAACACAGCGAAUAACCGCCUAACAAUAAGGUCACUGUCUGCACAACUCCUGAGGAAGCGUGCCACAAAAUGUCCUGUUUCUUUGGUGUUUUAUAUAUAUGAAUAUAUUGUGCGAGUGUGUAUGUAUGAAUGUUUUUUUUUUUAUACUACUUCAAAAAAUGACAGGUUUACUAUUAUAUUUAUCUGAUCUUCUCUUAUUUCUGGUAUUUUUCUCCUUUGGUUAUCUUAUCCCUGUGCAAACGUUUUACCUGAUUUAGUUUUUUGCUUUUUUUAUGGUAAUGCUUGUAUCAAAAAUAUAAAGAAGUAAAGUAGACUUCCAAAACCCAUGUAAACAUUACAUACACAGCAUCUCAGGGUGCCUCUCAUAGAAUAUAGUCCUACUAUUACGUUAACUUUCCCAAUCCUUUGUUGACAUCCAGCAAUUUCUGUUAAGUAAUUCUUCAUUUUGGCCUGAGGAGAAAAACGUGUGCUGUACCCUAACCGGAUUGGACACAUUCACUAAUGUGACUGUUGGCCCAAAGCAGCAGUUCUGUCAGCAGCUGUCUGCAGUGUUAACGCAUUACCUUGACCCGCAAGGGAAACAUCUAGCCUGGUCCCAGAUCUGAUUGUGCUGUCUUGCCAACUCCUAU